UCUCUUUUUCUUUAACAACAAAAAUUAAACAAACAAAAAACGAAAACCUCUUCCAAUUUCAAUCUCUCCGCCAUGGCUUCUCUCCUCCUCCGUCUCCCAAUCGCCGCCGUCAUUCUCCUCAUCGCUCUCUCCACCACCACCGUAACCGCUCGUCCUUGCCGCACCUUCAUCAUCUCCUCCUACUCCAUCCGUAACCCUUCUUCCAACACCUACGCCACCAUCACCGAGAUCCGAUCCAUUUCUCCUCUCUUCAUCAACGACAAACCCUACGAAUUCGUCAUCGAUCGUCCGUUCCAACACUCUAACCUACAAUUAGAAACUCAAUCUCAAGGCGCGUCGCAUCCACGCGGCCCCUUAGGGUUUUCCACCGACGCUUACGAUUUCUCUUCCCUUCGCGAUCGUACCAAGGAUAUCCUCAGCGUUGCUCUAGCUUUACUUUUCGGCGUUGGUUGUGGUGCUCUUACCGCCGCUACCAUGUACUUGGUCUGGUCCGUCUUCACCACUCGCCAUGAACUCCGUGCUGCCGCUUAUGGUGAAUUCUCUGAUGAUGAGAUUGAAAGCCCUAAGAAAAUGGGAUAUGUCAAGAUUCCGGCGGCUGAGGUGGCUGCUGCUACUGCUCCCGCACCACCGGCGAAGGAUUAGGGUAUGAAAAUUUAAAAAAUGAAAUUGUUAGUAAUUCAUAGUAUAAGUAUAACCGUGUGGUUUAUGUGUAUUGUUAAUAAUCAUAGUGGAAUUUGAAUGUAAAAGAAACACCGAAAGGUGCAAACUAUUGCCUUGUAUGAGUAAUUGUUUCUUUAUGAUUACAUGUUUACUUUUGAACUUGA